CAGCUGCAGCAAUGGCUGAGGCGAUGAAAUUACAGAAGAUGAAACUUAUAGCUAUGAAUACACUUCAGGGAAAUGGAAUCCAAAAUGGGACUGAAUCAGAGCUUGAUGAACUUAAUUCUAACACAGGUGGAAGUGAAUCUUCCUGGGAUAAGGAUAAAAUGCAAUCUCCUCUUUUUGCUCCUGGACCUCAACAUGGAAUUGCUCAUGCAGCCCUAUCUGGCCAGCAAAGCCUUGGGGGUACGCCGAACCUCAAUCCACUGCAGCAGAACCACCUGCUAACCAAUAGGCUGGAUCUGCCAUUUAUGAUGAUGCCUCAUCCCCUACUUCCAGUUAGCUUACCUCCUGCAUCAGUUGCCAUGGCAAUGAAUCAAAUGAAUCAUCUCAAUACUAUUGCCAACAUGGCUGCUGCAGCUCAGAUUCACAGUCCACUCUCCAGAGCUGGUACUUCUGUUAUAAAGGAGCGGAUCCCAGAGAGUCCCUCUCCUGCUCCUUCUUUGGAAGAGAGUCAUCGCCCUGGGAGCCAGACUUCUUCCCACCCCAGCAGCAGUGUGUCCAGCUCUCCUUCUCAGAUGGAUCAUCAUUCAGAGAGAAUGGUUAUGAUGCCCAACAAUAGAGAGGAACUUAUUGUUGAUCAGGAUAAUGGACCAAGCAUCAAAAAAUUCCAAAGGGAUAAUAAAGAAACGAUAACGGAGUCACAGGAAGUUGCAAAAUGA